CCCCUUCCUGAGGGCUCCUCUGCACUUGACGAAACGCCUUCACCACAGUGAUCCGCGAUCCAAGACUCCGGUGUCGGAAUCGCGGCUGGAGCUGCAAUCACGGCCGCGCGAGCGAGCAGCGGACGCCGCCAUGGUGCCCAAUCCGGACCCGCCCGGCAAGUGCUCCACCCGCUGCAGGGGCUGCUGCUCGCCGUGCCAGCCCACGGCGGGUGGGGGGCAGGGGCGGGUGCAGCAGCUUCAGUACAAGCGCAGGCGAGUGGUCUGUAGCAGCACCAGCAGCAGUGGCAAUGGCAGUGGCAGUGGCAGUGGCAGCAGCUGGAGCGGCAGGAGCGGCAGUGGGCAGUCGUCGAGCGCCUCGGGCAGUGAGAGGUGGGAGAGCCAUGGCACGGGUGGUGGCGGGCAUGAGGGCCAGCAGGAGCAGGUGCUGCAGGCGUGGGGCAGGAUGUACGCGCGGAGGCGUGGGGGGUUGGCGUCCAGAGUGGUGGGUGGGGCAAGAAAGGCUGGAGGGGAGGAGAGCAAAAGGGGAGAAGGGUUUGUCUUGGCGCUCGGGUGUGAUGGCGUGGGUGGGGCGAGGAAUGGUGGUGGUGUGAGGGCGAAAGGGCAGGUGAGGGGACGUGCAGGUGCAGGUGCAGGUGUAGGUGCAGGUGCAGGGAUGCAGGAGAGGAAAGCCAGGGGGAAGGGGAGGAAGACAAGGGGGAAGUGCAGCGCAAGAGGAAGUUCUGAUGGUGGUGCAAGUGGUGGGGAGGAGGAGGAGGAGGAGGCCGAUGAGGAGGAGGCGGAUACGAUGUCUGGUGAUGUUGAUGAUGAGAAAGAUGCUGGGGGGUUGGAUGAGGAGGAUGGGGGGGAAGAGGAGGACGAGGAGCAAGCUGGUGCUCGAGUGAAGAGGGCUCUCAAGCUCUACAGCCUGUUCAACAGGAGAGCUAUCAAGACGGAGGAGGAGCGAGUGACCAAGGAGCGCAAGAGGCUGGGCUUGAUUGGGCCGAAUGGGGAGCGGGUGCCCAAGAGCAAGCUGAAGGGGAAAGCGAGGAAUGCAAAGGCCCCUUCGAAGCGGCCGGACCUUGUUGCCAUCAAAGUGAUGGGGGAGAAAGGUUUGAUGCCCAAGACAAAAACUAUUGGGCCGUUCCAGAGCGGUGUGCACGCAGGAGUACAUGUGGGCGAUCGUUUUUUCGCGCGAGCAGAGAUGGUGGUGGUGGGCAUGCACACGCACUGGCUCAAAGGCAUCGACUGCGUCCUGCAGAGGGAGAGUCCCUAUGGCAAGUCAAUUGCGGUGGCGGUGGUGGUGUCGGGGAUCUACGAGGACGACAAGGACAAUGCAAACCGCAUCUGGUACACGGGGGAGGGGGGCAACAACCUGCUGGGUUCCCGGAAACAAGUGGCACAUCAAGCUUUAGUGGCUGGGAACCUGGCUCUCAUGAACAGCAUCGAAGUGAAGAACGACGUGCGCGUCAUUCGAGGCCACAACUGCAAGGAGUCCGACACCAAACGGGCGUUCACGUACGAUGGCCUUUACAAGGUGAAGGAGCACACAUACCUGCCGGGGAAGGAAGGCUUCCUUGUCUACAAGUUCCUCCUUGUUCGCAACGCUGGCCAACCGCCUCUCACGUCGGAGCAGAGAUCGAUUGGCCGUGAAGGAGGGGAAGGGUUGCAUGGUGCGUGGGUGGACCGGCACACCGACUGCCCGGAGCUGGCCAAACUUGCUUGCCGUGUCCUCACUCAGCCGGUGUCUGCUUCUGCAUGCGAGCGCAACUGGGCAGUGUGGGAUUCGGUCCACACUGCUCGGCGCAACAAGCUCGGCUCGGAGAAGCUGAAGGAUCUGGUUUACAUUGCGCACAACUGGGGGGUUGUGCGCAACUGGCACAAGAGGGAUGAGGGACUUGGGAUU